AUGUAUCUUCCCCACACCUCCACAUCGGGCAUGGGCCUAUAUCCACCUCAUCCCGCUUUCAAGCUCUCGCGAACCUUGAUACGCGAGACAGAAUUUGCCCCCCGAACUGGUGUGUGGAAUGGUGACCCCCUUGCUCCCACUGUACGCAUUAGGAACGGCACAGUCGAAGGCGUCCAUUCGGCACAAUAUGCUCAGGAUUUCUUUCUUGGAAUACCCUUUGCACAACCACCUGUAGGAGAACUGCGCUUCCGUCCUGCCCAGCCAAUCGCUUCCGCAUGGACAAGCCCUUUGAAUGCAAGGCAAUACUCUUCGGCUUGUAUAGGAUACGGCUCAGAUCAAUGGCCAUAUCCGUCCAUUUCAGAAGAUUGUCUCUACUUGAAUGUUGUUCGGCCAUCUGGCUAUGAGAAUUCGACUCUGCCAGUUGCAUUCUGGAUCCAUGGUGGUGGACUCGCGCAGGGCAGCGCUAUCGAUCAGCGUUACAACAUGAGUUUCAUUGUGGAAAGGAGUGUAGAGAUAGGAAAGCCGAUUAUUGGUGUCAGCAUAAACUACCGACUUAGUAUGUUUGGGUUCGUAAAUGGAGAGGAGGUUGUUGAAAGUGGAAAUGCCAACUUGGGUUUCAGAGAUCAGAGACUUGGACUUGCUUGGGUGCAAGAGAACAUUGAAGCCUUUGGAGGUGACCCCAAGCAAGUGACCAUCUUUGGAGAAUCUGCGGGCGCUCUCAGUGUGGGCAUGCAUCUCACAGCCUACGGCGGCCGCGACGAUCACAUCUUCCGCGGCGCCAUCAUGCAAUCCGGCAAUCCAAUCAACUAUGGGACUUUUAACUAUAAUGCGAGCAAUCUCCUUGUAGCCGGCGAGCACUUCAAUUGCCCAGACAAAACCUCUAUCCUCCCCUGUCUUCGCUCUAUCGACACAGAUACUCUCUCGACGUGGAUUAAUAGCACCCGACGUUCCCUUCGAUGGAGCCCCAUUAUCGAUGGCGAUUUCAUUCAGGGUAAAACCUCUCUCCAACUCGCCGCCGGCGCCUUCGUCCAUGUCCCCAUAAUCUCAGGCGCCAACUCCGACGAAGGUACAGCCUUCGGCCCAAAGCCCAUGAACACGACCUCUCAAUUCUUUUCAAAUCUGACACAAGUUCCCAUGCCUGUCCCUUUGACUCCGUCUCAAGCCUCUGCCGUUCUAGCUGCCUAUCCAUCGAACAUAACGUACGGGGCAGUCCCCACAAAUCAGCCUUUGUCUUACACUCCUGGUCCGGGGUACGGGGCCGAAAGUAGGCGCUCAGAUGCCUACUACGGUGACGUUACUAUGAUAGCGUCGCGCCGCAAGACAUGCCAGACGUGGACGGCCAACGGCAUCCCAGCAUACUGCUACCGCUUUAAUACCAUCCCGCACGGCCUGCCUGCAGAAAUUGGCGCAACUCAUUUCCAAGAGGUAGCUUUCGUGUUCAACAACCAACUGGGCGUUGGGUAUGGGUAUCCAAACGUGUCCGAGAAUCCCUUCGAGGGGAUGCCGGAAGGGUAUUUUGGCCUCGCGGAGAUGAUGAGCGCAGCGUGGAUCGGGUUCGUGCAUGACGGUGUGCCCAGUGAUGGCGGAGCUGCAGAAUUCUGGCCGAGCUACGGGGAGGGCAAAAACUGGGUUUUCGAUGCCAAUGUCACGGGGUUGGGGUACGAGGAGAAGGACGAUUGGAGGAAGGAGGGGAUUGCAUUAAUCAACUCAUGGGAUGAAGAUGUAUAUCAACGCUAA